CCAACUUGAUAUGGUUUCAUAUAUGAAGAAGCGCUCUAUAAUGCUAGACGCAAAAUGGCGGAUUCAGAUCAUUUCGUUUUCCUGGCCAUGCAAAAGGAUAUUGUGUCAUGUAUUUCUAAUCGAACUAACAAUUCUGUCAAAGAAGAGAUCGAACAUAUAUUUAACUCACACCCUGGAAGUGAAACAGAUAAAAAGACUGCUGUGGACCAAGCCUUCCGUGAAGUUCUUAAAGGAUUAAUGUCAAAGAAUCGAACCAACAAUGAUGAUACAUUAAGCAACGGCGGCACUGCAAACGUCGAGGAAGCUAUUACAAACGGUAGUGGGACAUUUAGUAUCAUCUCUGAAUUCGAGCAGUUAAUCGAAUUUGUUAUUCUUCAUACCAAGCAUAAACUUUGUACAAAUAACCUACCAAUUCUUUUAUUGAGUGAUAUUUUUGAAACUAUAACACUGGAACAUUGUGAAAAAAUGUUUGCCUUUGUUGAAAAAAAUGUUAGUAUUUGGACAUCUGAACCAUUCUUUAGCAAUGGUAAACAUCACUUGUUAAGAAUGUGUAAUGAUAUUCUUCGAAGGUUAUCCAAAUCCCAAAAUACAAUCUUUUGUGGUCGAAUACAGCUGUUCUUGGCACAACUGUUUCCUUUAGAAGAAAAGUCAGCAUUAAAUUUAAUGAGUAGUUUCCAUUCUGAAAAUGUAACAAUUUAUAAGAAAAAUCCAUCUGAAUUUUCUGAUGACAUUGGUGCAGAAAACAUGGAUACAGAGGAUGGAGAGCUGACACCAAAUCCUGUAGAUUACAGUCUUUAUGUUAAAUUUUGGUCCAUACAAGAAUUUUUUCGAUUACCAACACAGUGUUAUACUAAUUCAGGCUGGAGAACCCUUAAAAUAAACAUAUCAGAGGUUUUGAAAGUGUUUGAAAGUCACAAGAUUGAGCACAAUGUGAAAAAAAGUAAAGAAAAACAAAUCGAAGAUAUCAAAAAUUGCUUUGCAAAAUAUCUCACAAAUGAGAAACUUUUAAAUUUACAAUUGAAUGACAGUACCUUUCGACGUUACUUUUUGAUGCAAGUUUUAAUUAUUUUCCAGUAUUUGACUGGAUUUGUCAAGUUUCGAGUUGCCAACCAAGUGCUUAAUGAUACUCAAUUGACUUGGAUCAAGGAAACAACUGAACGUGUUUAUACCAUUAUUAGGGAAACACCACCCAACGGAAAUAAUUUUGCUAAGACUGUAGAGCAUAUCCUUAAUCGUGAAGAAAAUUGGAUUAACUGGAAAAAUGAUGGAUGUCCCAGUUUUGCAAAAACAACACAGAAACAAACUGAUGAAAAAUCAAAAGAACGCAAAAGAAAGAGAAAUAUUGGAGAAGAUUUCCUAAAUACUUCUAACAAGCGUAUAUAUAUGGGAACUCCUGAGUUGACACGGUUAUGGAACCUUCAUCCAGACAAUUUGGAAUCUUGCAAAGCUGAAAAUCGAUUAAAAUUCUUGCCGACAUUGGAACAAUAUUUUGAAGAAGCCGUGGAACAAGCUGAUCCUGAAGCAGGCAUUGAGGACGAGUACAAAGUAGUUAACCAGGCUAAUUUUCAAUGGAGAGCGCUGCGUCUGUUGGCGCGAAGAAGUCAUCACUUUUUCACUCCAAGUGCGACGCCGUUUAAGGCAUUGCCGGAGUAUUUGUCAAGCAUUAUUGACAACUUGGCGAAAGAUUUUCGAAAACCUGCAAUCGAGACCAAAGUCGACAUUAAACAAGAACCUGUUGAUCCUGUUACUUCUCAAGCAAAGACAACAUGACUUGUUUGAGAAACAGAUUGAUUGUUUAGGACAAAAUAACAGUUGUAUCGAUUAUAUUUCCGAAGGAAAGAAAUUUGUAUUUUUUCUCUGUA